AAAAACCCCUGGACUCCCCUUGAUCACCUCCGGCUGCGAAAAUCACCUUACUGCCACAGUAAUAUAGCCAUAGCCAAAUUACCAUAUUGUCCUCACCUGCAAUCUUCCUCCUCCAGCAAAACGGAGUGCGUACAAGGCUGAUUUUCCGGCUGAAAAUUCGAGCGCCUUCCUAACGGAGAAUUAAAAAACUUCCGGAGCUGGGAAAAGUCUUCCUUCGCAUGAUGGGAUUUUGCAUCUGCCCGUUGGAUACGCCGGCGAGGUUGCUCUGGUGCUCGAGCUUCUUCCGCCACAAGCUAAUGUUAUUUUAAUAAAUUCAUAAUUACUAAUUUCAAGCGAAAAUUGCACUCGAUUUACAUCGUAUUUUUGAGGUACUUGAAAAAAUAAAGCUCUUUAGAUUCAUAUAUAUAUAUCUACGUACGCUUGCGGCGGUCGAUUUAGAUUGAUUUAGCCGCCGGCGAUCUGAAAUUAAAAAAGAAAAAGGGGGAAAUGGAAUCCGGGCGGUUUUACUUCGACCCGUCUUGCCAAAGCAACAUGUUCAUGGGGAAUGGCGACUCACGUUUUCGAGGAGCAAGAUCGGUAAUAGACAUGGAAGAAAAGAAGCGGCCUUUCUUUAGCAUGGCUGAGGAGCUUUAUGACGAGGAAUAUUUCGACGAGCAGUUGCCGGAAAAGAAACGCCGUCUCACGCCUGAGCAGGUGCACUUGCUGGAAAAGAGCUUUGAAGCUGAUAACAAACUGGAGCCCGAGCGCAAGAUCCAGCUGGCUAAGAAUCUGGGCUUGCAGCCGAGACAGGUGGCGGUUUGGUUCCAAAACCGUCGUGCCAGGUGGAAAACCAAGCAGCUAGAGAGAGACUAUGAUGAGCUUAAGGCCUCCUUUGAUUCUCUUCGUUCCAAUUACGACUCCAUUGUAAAGGAAAACGACAAGCUCAAAGUUGAGCUCCUUUCCUUGACUGAGAAAUGCCAGCUGGCGAAAGAACUCGAUUCCCAAGAACCGGACCCUUUACCGGUGCCGAGCCUUCAGCUGGCCGUGAAGCCGGAGGAUCGCCUGAGCUCCGGCGGCGAUGGCAGUGCCGUGGUGGAUGAUGAUGGCCGGCAGCUUUUAGACAGUGGGGAUUCCUACUUUCCGGCAGGGGAAUACCCGGACUGUAUGGCGGCGGUGGCUAGCGGCGGGGAGGAGGAUGGCGGCAAGGAUGGCCGGAGUUACUUUUCCGAUGUGUUUGCGGCGGCUGAGCAGCCGGAGCAGAUAUAUAUGGGAGUAUUGUGGUAAAAUAAGGGUUAGUUUGAGAAAUAAAUAAAUUAUGUAAUGUGAAUCUUGAGUGGUUUUGUGAUGUCUUGACUUGUUUGUUUAUGUAUGAAAUGAACUGUGAUCAAUGUAAUAGAUAUGUAUUAUGUGGGUUUUAUAGUGUGGAAGUAAUGAAAAAUAAUUCGGAUUUAUUUAGGAAUAAGUGGAAAGUCUUAUGUUGUGAUGGUCAAACUUUUAUAUUAUUUUAGUGCUUUUAUUUCUUAAAAUUCAAGAUUAAAAGUCAAAUAUUUU